AUGGAUGGUCUUUGUAGGACUCUUGCCGACCUUGAGAGCCCCAACAGCACAACUGCGGAGUGGAUGUUUAAUCAGACCAUCAGUCAAGUGAACACAUGGACGGAUUUUCUCCCCAACCCUACGCGCACAGAUGCGUUUGUGUGUUCAGUCCUUUUUGGGCACACCGGGCCUAAUAUCCUUUAAAGGGACGUCCCCCGGCCCUGGCGACGCCGUGGGCCAGCUAGACAUCAAACAAACAAGGGUACCGUAUCCCUUGUAUAGCCGAGACGUGUUUCCUCUUGUUGUCAUGUUCUAUUUGUACCGUGUCGCUGCCUCUGUGCCUGCAGAAUUCCAACGACUAUAGUCUAAUUAGCAACUGGCUGCCUUCGACGGCAAGCUACAGGCAAGGUCGCUAUGCACGAAAAAGCCCACUGGAAGAAGUUUCUUCCGGGCAGCUUUCGAAGCUACUUUGAGUGGAACGACGGCAGCACUUUCAAUCCUUUGGCUAGCCCGCCAGGCACUGUGCCUGGAGACACGCCGCCAGAGUGCCCAGCUGGCAAUUACGUCAACGAAACGGUUCGGUUCGGUCGUCAGCGGAGGGACACUGCUGUCAAAUUCACAAGCAUUGGAAGCGUUGUCCCUGUGUGUCUGUGUGUCUCCGGCAGGGUGACUGCGUCGCUUGUCCGACUGGCUCGGCCAACAGCCAGCCUAACGUACGCUUGGAGUGUGUGACGUGUCGUCCUGGAUUCUAUCAGAAUGAGACGGGCCAGGUGGAAUGCGAAACCUGUCCGGUAAGCGCCCAUUCAUCCACUGGCGUCUCGGCAUCCUGAACUGAGUGUCAUGGUACGUGUGGCUCGACUGACCUAUUCAGCUGGGGACAUACUCUGGGGCUGCGGCCGAGACUUGUAUUCCCUGUUCGCCAGGCUUCCACCAGGACUUGGCUGGUCAGAGCGAGUGCAAGGUCCGACAUACCAACACGCACACGUGGCCGGCACGGGCCGUAAGUGCGACCCGUCUUGAACAUUAGGCCUGCUCACCCGGCUCAUUCACUGACACUCAAGGGAAGGUGCUUUGCGACCUGUGUCCGAAGGGCACCUUCACAGCUGAGCGGAACAGCAGUGUGUGCGAGGCAUGCCCGCCGUACAAGGUAUACACAUUUCUCUCUUCAUUCAUCGAGACACAAUGUGAUGUGACGGCACUCUCACAUUGUAUUUGCAAAGACCACACUUGUGAGAGGCGAGAUAUCGGUGGACAAAUGCACGUGUGACGAGGGUUCCUAUCUUGACGUCAAGAACGACCGAUGCAAAGGCAAGCAGACGGCAAUGUUGUCGUGCAAUCUAUGUAUGUAUGUGCCGGGUUGGUUGGUUGCUGGCUGCAGACUGCGACGAGUACCUUGAAUGUCCCGGCUCGUCUGCAUUGCCGAGAGUGAAGGAGAAUUACUGGGCGGCCCUGGAGGAUGACGUUAGCGCCUUUUCAGCGUUGGAUGUCUACGAAUGCAGAGAGGCGGGAGCGUGCCUCGGUAAAAAUCGCUGCAAAAGGAUCGUUCGAGGCCGCCCUGCUUCCUUAUUGAUACGGCACGAUGUGUGUAUGCAGGUGGGUCACCCGACCCCUCCCUCGCCGACCAAUUCCCCAUGUGUGCUCCGGGCCGGGAGGGGAUUGCAUGCAGCCUGUGCAGCGACGGGUACUACAAAGCCGGCAAAGACUGUGAUCCGUGCGGCAGUGGUAAUGCGGGCACUGCGCCGCUGAUAGCGGCAGUCUUCCUUGUGUUCUUUGGGGCCCUCGUCUUCCACUUAUUCGUAGACACAAUUGCCCUCGCGAUGUCUCCCUGAUUGCUUUGUGGCUUAUGAGUGCUGCCUUCUGGAUGUUUGCAGGUCAAUUCCCCUCUCACGCGGAAGCUUGCCGUCACUGUCAACAUUUCGCUUACAGUGGGGAUGAUGAUCAGCUGUAAGCUCCUCUAGACACUGAAGCAAGAAGCGCGGCUGCAUUGGAAGUGUGGAUUGCUGUCAGUCUUCCAGUCGCUGUCGAUUGUCGGCACAUACAAGAUCGGCUUUCCCGACGAGAUUUCAGCAAUUCGUAAGUCAGUCAUGGGCACAGCCACCUGCAGCACGAAAAAUACCCAUCGCUCCUGUCUCACUUAUGUGUAUGCAGUAAAGUUUUCUCGCAUCUUCUGUGAGCACCGCGCACUGCCGACAGCAGCGCCGAGAGGAUGACAUUGUGUCCACGCCAUGAGUACGUGUUUGUGUGUCAGUGUUCGACGUCAAGUUCCUUCGCAUUGGCUGCGUCCUCGGCAGCGACCCGUUGUCAGACUACGCAAUCCGCCUGGCCAUGGCACCCAUGCUCGCAGCGGUGUUCCUGAUCAACUGUGGCAUCGCCAAGCUUACAUAUCGAUACCUCGUCGGUAGGGAGACAUGAAAUGCAUCAUGUUCAUCUCUGAGAGGAUGCAUCGCUGCAGGUCCGAUGAUCCUGAAAGACGCCGAAGGAGGGGGUGGCGAAGCCAAGCCCUGGCUAAUUGAUCGCUUCACCGGCCAUCGUCAGGACAGCGACUCACCCGUGCCCAAAUCGCUGAAGAAAUACUCCUUCAUGACAGGUGCGCCAAAGGUAGCAUCAUGUGGUGUGAACCAGACACACUCACCAUCGCCCUCGGCUGCAGGUGGAACCCUGGUUGAGGGCGUCGCAACUAAGGACGGUUCUUGUGAGAUGGUGGCGGUGCAAGAUAUCAACGAUGAAGACCAGCAAAACCACAACGUCGACAACGAUGUUAAGAAGAGCGACGACACGGUGCCACAAGACGCGAACGAAGCCGAUGAUGCAAGACCCAGAAGAAAGAGCGUUGUAUUCGGCCAGGCGAAAGGAGACAACGCAGGCAAUCCAAAGGAAAGCCAACGCUCAGGAACAGACACAAAAAGCAGCCAGAAAAGCAGUCAGAAAAGCAGCCAGCAGCCGGGGUCAGACGGCGAUGACUUAAAGAAGAAGGACAAGCCGUGCAAAGACCAGCUCGGACGCGCGUCGAUCGCGUCGAUUCCGUGGCAGCAGUCGAAGGUAAGCGGCGUCAUUCGUUGGGUGCGUGUGUCAUCCGCUUACGUAUUUCUUUCGACAUGCAGUACGUGUUGGAUCGGAAGAGGUACAUGAGGUCGAUCCUCGACUGGCGUACGUGGGCCAAGAGCGACGCCAUGUCGCUCGACAAGACGCUCAACUCCAUCGGCAUGCUGACUGUGAGCACGCAGGAUGAGUGGAAAUACGAAGGCAUUCGCAUGCUGAUUGCGUCCGUGUGCGUGUCUUCUGCUUGCCAGAUGAUUCUGUACAUUUCCUUUGUGGCCAACGCCUGCCUGCCAUUUCAAUGUGUGUCGAACUCCAGCGGGCGCUCAACGAUCCGAGAGUGAGCUAACCGGUGUGCGCAUGACUGGUGAUUGAACAAGUCAUGGAUCUCUGUGCAGGUACCCCUCCAUAACUUGCGACUCUGACGAAUAA